GGGUAUAAAAGCAGCGCGUCUCACCGGCACGAGACACACUCCUCUUCAAAUCGAUCAGAGCCAUCAGUUUCCUUGGGGCCAAUUCACUAGUGAUACACCAUGAACACCUUGGCCUUGGUCGUCGCCUGCCUUUUGGUGGCCGGAGCCAACUGCGCUGCCGUCUUCACCUACGGUGUCCCGGCUGCCGUGCCCGUGGUCCACCAGCCCGUGGUGUACCAGACCGCGGUGAGGGCUCCCGUGGUGGCCCACCACAAGGAGCUGGUGCACGUUCCACACCACGAGUACGGAUACGCCGUCGAGCAGGACAAGGUAGUCCAGCCAAAGUCAACCGUGGUCCACCACGACCCACUGACCGGCCUGCCCUACCAGCAGACCGACUACCACCACGCCCCAGUGCUGACCGGUUCCCGCACCUACGUGCACCACAGCCGGCCUGGUUACGUCGCCGAGCGCACCAAGACCUACGUCAUCUGAGCAUGCCCCUAAGCCCCAUGACAACGCAUCCGAACUACAUAUGGUCAGUUGGUUGACCAACCAUCCCGGAUCCGUAUCGCUUUGUUGGCGUCUCUGUUAAUAAAUACAAAUCUUUUGUUAUCA